UGUGUCACAACGAGGAUGCAGGUUCAGACUUCUUCAACGCUCCUGUAAAUAAAAGCAACCAGAGUCUUGGCAACAAUGGAGAAUAUGUGCACGGUGCAGGUAAAGCUCGAGCUUGGCCAUAGGGCCCAGCUACGGAAGAAGGCCACCACCGAGGGCUUCACACACGACUGGAUGGUGUUUGUCCGAGGCCCAGAGACAUGUGACAUCCAGCACUUUGUGGAGAGGGUUGUCUUCAGGCUACACGACAGCUUCCCAAAGCCCAAGAGAGUGUGUAAGGAGCCUCCAUAUAAGGUGGAAGAAUCGGGCUAUGCUGGAUUUCUUAUGCCUAUUGAGGUUUACUUUAAGAACAAGGAGGAGCCUAAGAAAGUUUGCUUUAAUUAUGACCUCUUCCUGAACUUGGAAGGCAACCCCCCGGUCAAUCACCUGCGCUGUGAAAAGCUCACAUUUAACAACCCCACGCAUGAGUUUCGUCGCAAACUGGUCAAAGCUGGUGGGGUGAUGGUGAUACCCGAGGGAGCAGAGUUGAUGCCAAAGCCUGGUCCGGAUUAUCCCAUGCUGCCCACUAUUCCUUUGUCUGCCUUCUCCGACCCUAAAAAGAUCAAAUCCUCGCAUGGGAUAAAGGAGCCAAAUAAAGAUGGAGCAGGCGGGAGCAGCAAAGGCCCCAAGCCUCAUAAGCCAGCCAAAGAGCACAGGGACCGCUCACGCAAAGACUCAGAGAGCAAGGUCACGUCCAGGGAGAGUGACCGUGAGGGGAGCAAAUCCACACGGGAGCCAUCCUCCUCCUCCUCCUCUUCCUCCUCGAGGAAGGCUACGGAUGUGCGGGGGAAGGAGGAAGGGAAAGUCGUGCCCAAGGCGGCCUUCAAAGAGCCCAAGCUCACUCUGAGGGAGUCCAAGAUAGAUGGCACGUCCCCCAAAGGUGGAGGAUCAGCAGCAGGUGGAGGGGGUGGAGGAGGAGGGCAAAUUGAGGCACGAGCUUUGAGCAAACGCCCCCCUUCCACCACAGAGUCACCCAAACUGAGCACCAAGAAACAGAAAAGCACGAAGGGAUCCUCCAGUGGAGGUUUCAGUGGCACCUCCCCCCGUAUUUCGUCAACUACCCCCUCUGCCUACCCAGAGAAGAAAGCAUCCAAAGAAAAAAGCCACUGGGCCAAGAUGAGGCCCGACGUCCCAGAGGUGAAGAGGCAGCCUGAGUCAGAAGAAUCCAAUUCGGAAGACGAGGCUUCAUCCAAGUCUGAGCAGUCGGCCCAGUCCAGCCCCUCCAGUUCCAGCUCCAGCUCCAGCUCCGACUCAGACUUUGAGCCCUCUCAGAAGCAAGGCCAAGGACCUUUACGCUCCAUGGUGGAAGAUAUGCAUUCUGAGGGCUCUGACGAUGAUAGCAGCUCAGAGGUGGAGACACCUAUGAAGACCCCUCCACCUAACCAGGAUUCUCGCUUAAGCAUGGACAGUGAAAGUGACAUUGAAGAGCCUCGCCCCCCCAGCCAGGAGGCUCCAUCACCUCCUCCCAAACUCAGUACAGUGAACCUUAAGAUGUUGGAGAAAAAAAGCCCAGACUCGUGCACCAGAGAGAAGACACUUAAGAGGGGAGAGGACAAGGUAGGAAGGGCCUACACAGAGGAGCUGGUUGACCUCCAUCGCAGGCUGAUGGCUCUGAGAGAGAGGAAUAUUUUACAGCAGAUAGUAAAUCUGAUUGAAAAGACAGGCCAUUUCAAUGUCACCAACACCACGUUUGACUUUGACCUAUUCUCCUUGGAUGAAUCGACUGUGCGUAAACUUCAGAGUUACCUGGAGGCAACGUCCACAUGACAAAAGGAAGCUCCUUAUCCAUUCUCCUCACUGAGAAAGCAGCCUUCACACAAAGGGACAGGUAUUGAAAGCAGCAUACAAAUGCACAAAGGAAAAAAGACAAGUUAAUACUGUAACCAAUAAUUAACAAGAGGACCGGGGGACUUUUCAAUGGGGUGGCGUUCAGGGUUGAUCAAAUGAAGGUGACACUUCGUUUUUGCACUAAACCUAAUCAAAGUGUCAGCACAACACUGUCCACAGCGGACAUGAUCUCGCCAUAGGCAUCACAAAUGACAUACUUUGUCAUUGGUAGAUAUUUAUAAGACCGACCUGUUUGUACCAGAGCCGUAACACUGAUGGCAUAGCUAGUUUGCUUGUGUCUCUAAGGGCUUUGUGCAAAGGAUUUUUGUCUCACUGAUUGUAACUGUGUUUGCCCUCAUAUCCCUUUGCCCUUUAUAGCGAAAAUGCCCUGUUCAGUACAGUAGUGUAGUAAAACCACCAUAGUUGACUCUUAAAGGAAUAUUUCAUCUAAAUUUGCUAAUAUACUUAAUGAUGAAUGAAAGGUAUUGGGGCACCAGUUAGUGUUCUCAUUUGCAGAAUUAUAUGAUCUGCUUUGCAUAAUUUACUAGCUUUUAUUCAUUAAGUAUGGUAGUAUGUUUUGUUUGAUGUAUCCCUUUAAGAGAGAAUAUUUUGUGUCUGCAUAGCCAUGUAGCCACUUGGGUAGGAAAAAAUACCCUUAAGCUUUGGUAACGUGUGCCACCACCGUUCAACUAAUAGAGGGAAACCUAUCUGCCUUCAUAGUGCCUUCUCAGAAUAUCAUGCUUUUAUUAAAUAGUGUUGGUAAAUCUCUCAUUUCCCUUAGCAUUAUACAAGUAUUAUAUGUCCACAGUAAAAUGGCUGAAACUGAAGUAUUACACUCAGCUCCCUUUUUGUGAACUCAGAUAAAUGGCCAUUUGUGUACAGAAUAUGCUGAGAGAGAGAUUGUUCCCUUUUUGUGUAUAAUUUAAUGUUUUAUUCAUUAUCCUAUGUUUCUGAUGUGUUCAGCAACAUAGUUGUUUUUUUUCAUUUAGUUUUUAUUUUCCAGUUUAUUUAUAUAACUUUGCACUUUUCUUGUCACUUCAAUGCUUUGUACUUGUCAAAUAACUAUAUUUAUGAUUUUUGUAACAUAAUAUUGACCUGCAAAAAUGAAUAGAUUUUUGUCAAUGUUUUUAAAUGCCUAUUUUUAAGUCACAUUGUUAAUUAUUCAGUCAAUGGAAUAUGCAGAAUGAGUGUGAGGGGUUCACCCCAGUGUAAUAGGACAAAAAUCUUGUCAUGCUGAAGUAAUAUCAGUGCAAACGUAUUUGUGUCAGGUACAUAUUGUCUGAGGAAAUUGCUUUUUUUUUAAAAGCAGAUUUGCUUGACAUUUUUUUCUGUGGUGGUGUCGGUUGUCCAUCAGCCCUUUUGGAUCAAAGAGUACUUUAUAGUGAUAAAGGGAACAGCAUUUCCAGGUGUUUGUGAGAAGGGCGCUGAUGUACCUGGAAUCUUAAUACAGGUAGCAGUAGUGAACAGUGUUCAGAAUGUAUGCAUGAUAAACCCGGAUGAAUAAGAACUGGUCUGAUGAUUCACAAGGUCAAGAACACUGCUGAAUUUAUGUGGAAGGAACUCUGAGGAGAAAGAGGAAUCUCAAGACAGUCCCUUAUUCAGAUUUUCAAUGACAGCUCAAAUUGGUGGUUGAAGGUAAGGUAGUUUUGAGUGUCCAUUGCUCUUCUGCUUAGAAGACCAGUGCUGUUUUCUCAUGCCCUUUGGCCUUCUUGCACGUCCAGUAUGUUUGAGGCAUAUAAAACUUGACCUGAAUCUGCAA